AUGCUGGGCAUGUGUAGCGAUGAAAAUGUCGCCAAUUCGCAGCUCUCGACGCUCCUCGGCUCGCCAACGCAGCGCAGCGAGAGCUCUCCUGCGCUUGAGCGGGUCGGCUCAUCCCAGUCGUCGUUGUUUUCGACGCCGAUGACGCGUCGUCUGCAGGGAUUCAUGACGAAGGAGUCCCCCGAUUAUCGGGCGCUGCCAGCCCCGCACACCUCACCACCGCCACUCGCCUUCAGCACGGCGGAUCUGGCGAGUGUGAACAGCGACAAACGAAUGUGGAAUGUGUACAGGCGCCAGGAUGGCUGGGUGAGGUCACCCAAGGCGGAUUGCUGCGCCCCCACUUCCCGGCAGCUGCACCCCGGUGGCCAUUACUCGGCCCCCGUCGCAUCCCUUGCGCCGCCGCCAGUGCCACAGCAGGGCAAGAUCUCUCCCCACGAGCCCACUCGUGCCGUUUCAGAUCGCACCGCCAGCCGGUCCAUUGGCCGCGAACGCGGCGGGUACACACACUCCAUGGCGCGCUUCCCAUCUGUGUCACCUGCCGCUACUCCCUUUCGGGACCUCGACCAGCACCUUCCAUCGGAGUCAGCAUUGUUCCCCACCAGCUCGAGCGAGGGCGGGCCUCACAGGUGCACCGUCUCGCCUGCAAAGCCACUGUCACAGAUGAGAGAAAGCAAGUCACGCAACACCGGCCGUAGUCCAUCUUCCCAUGCAAAGGGUGGUGCACGCCACUUUUCCAGCUCUGUAGAGAGAACAUCGGUGUCCAAGGAGCUGUCAGCUCUCGAUCACGACGUCGUUUGUGCCUCAAGUGAGGCAACCACGUCGUCGCGGCGACGCGGCCGUCGCCGCUACAGUGCCAGCACGAGCCCCCUGCAUGAUGGGGACUACAUCGGCGAUGCCUUGACAGCGUCGGCAGAUCAGCGGAUGUUUCUGCAGAUUAAGAGGCAGCCGCAACUCUGGCCCUCUGACAGCAUUGGCCGCCGUUUCAGCAACGCCGCCAUCGGGAGCACAGCCCGCCGGGGCGUGAGGCGCAGCAGCAGCAGCCACACGGCAGAUCAAGGAGGCCGGUCAGAUUCCUCCAUGCCUCUCUCAGCUGUGAUGGGGGUAAUUCCACGUGAGGAUUUUGCUCACCGCUUACGUGGCGAUAGUAUGCAGAGCCUCUCCUCUCUUCCGCAACUACAUCAACAGCCGCUGCAGCAACUUCCUGCUUCUUCCUCCGCCCCCCCGUUACCGCAGACCAGAACUCUCAUGGCGAGUAUCAUGCGCGACCACGCGCCGUGUUCUUUGCUCAAACCGCUGGAGCUGACCCCGGCAGCGAUGGAGCGAUCGCCGGAGCGGCGCGAGAGUGCAGAAGUGCUGGUGGACUCUUGCUGCUACACUCCGUCAAUCUUCGUCGUCGAGCAGCAGCAGCAGCAGCAGCAGCAGCAGGGGCCGCUUCUGUCGACCUCGCUGAUGGACCGACCGGCGGAGCACAGCAGUGCCAGUGUACAAGAGCGUGGCUCUUUCGGUCACCGCGUCAGCCUCUGCAGUCGGCACCGCAGGUCCGUAGCCAACGACUCCAUCUCCACGGCUGGCAGCAGCAGCAACGUGAGCAGGCGGUGCAGCUGCAGCUUUGCGCCACCGGCACCCGCGCACGCGAAUGUGGAGUCGUCUAUGUCCUUGAAGGUACCCGCACUAUCACCGCCGCCGUGGACGCCUAGAGAGGCGCUGUACUGGAUGCGAAAUCGGCUCACGCUGCAGGAGCAGGAAGAGAUGCUGGGGUGUGACGUGGUAUAUUACUGCGGGCCUCCCGUGCAACCGCGCACGGCGUGCGGGGUAACAGACCGCGCAACACCUCCGCCUUCAAUCCACCACACCUCGGAGGAGACUGUAAGCGUCAGCAGCCCUCCGAAAAACAAGGAGGAAGUAGUAUCUUUCACCGCCCCCUCUUCCUCGUACUUCCCGAUCACCCUAGGCAUGCACAUAUGCUUCCGCUACGAGGUGCUGGAGGUGCUGGGGAUCGGCACGUUCAGCAUCGUUGUGCGCGCCGUCGACCACGCAGCCUCGCCUCUCUCCCCUGAGCGGCACUGUGCGUUGAAGCUGAUUCGGCGCGAGUUGCUCUACCAGAAAGCAGCACAGGCAGAGUGGGCCAUCUGCGAGCAACUGAAGGAGUGCUGCGCAGCGAUGCGCCCCUGCAGUGGAAGCACCUUUAAGGAGGACGCAAGCGGGGGCACCGCCGACUAUCGGGCCGGGGCAUCAUCGGUGCAUCGCAAGCCCUCCGCAUCGUUGCCGCCAGCGUUGCCUUGGCUGUCCAUGGCGGACCAGCGCACGCUGCUCUUCGGCUCGGUGCUCACCCCACGCAGCCGCUUUGAGUACCGCGGCUACCACGUCAUUGUCUUUCCUCUCCUCGGCUUCAGCGUGCGCGAUGUGGUGGAGCUGCGACGCGAGUCGCGAGAAGCGAAGGCUGACCACGCCGUAAGCGCGUCCUCUUCCCUGCUGCCCGCUAGCACGCCACCCUCGCAGGCUGGCGACCAAGCGGCGGUGGCAUUACCGACCGAGGUCGUCGGCAGCGUUCUCGCGCAGCUCGCACAUGCCCUUCACUUCAUGCACCACUGCGCGCACGUCCUCCACGGCGACAUCAAGCCGGAGAACAUCGUAUUUGUGGAUCGUUCUGUGAGCGGCCGCAGCAGCAGCAGCAUCAACGGCCAUCUUGCCGAGUGUGGUGGUGCUGCGAGCCAACAACCCCCGCCGCGCCCGCCUUCGCAGCAGCCGCUGCUCCAAGCCCCGCUCCCGCACAGUGGUGAUGCCGCUGCACUCCCCACCCCGCCCAACAUGCAUCCUUUCCAUCGGCUGUGCCUCAGUUUCCCGUCGUCGUCGCUCUCAAACACAGCCGCGCCUGCGCCUCCCGUCACGCACAGCGGCACUGGGCCCCGCCGCUCUCAUGCGACUGAAUACCUGGAGGGGCAUUCCAGCGCAGACGUUGGCGACCGUGGAAGUCCCAGCAGCAGCACGUCGACGUACUCCUCGUCUCUGCCGUGUCUGACGGCCCCGCACCCGCCUCCGCGGAACACUGAAAUCGCCGACGGCCCUGACAGAGGCGCCACGAUUAUGAGCUGUGGCUACCGUGUGCAGCACCUCGGUAGCGAAGUGGCGAGCAGCUCCCAGCAGCGUCCCUCCGGCGGUGAUCUUCUCGAUCAGUGCAUCACCGAUGGUGCCUCGGCCUCGCUUGCAGGACGCUCGCUCUGUAUGACAGGCAGUCGCACUGGUAUUCUCACUCCCUCGCCGCACUCGACGUCAACGGGCGCAGGAUUCGUGGAGGGGUCGGUGGGGUAUGGGGCAGCGUGCACGACCCUUAGCGAGGCGCCGCGCUGCAGUAGCGGGAGCAGCCGAGAGGUAAGUCCUAGCUACACAACCCGCUCAGGUCAGGACAGUGGCGGUGGCGAUGAGGUAAGCAGCAUCGUCACACCCUCGGCCCUCACUCGGCUGACUUACGCGCUGCCUCACGCAAUGGCUGCAUCAACAGCUGUAACGACCUCGUCGCGGAUUGCCCUCAUCGACCUUGGCCACGCUCAUCACAUCCUCCCUGGUACCACCGCCACCGCCUUCCCUCUUCAGUCACCGUCCUACCGCUGCCCUGAGAUGUCUCUGCGGCUGCCGUACACCACCGCCAUCGACAUGUGGUCGGUCGGGUGCGUCCUCUACGAGCUCCACACGGGUCACGCCCUCUUCCCCGAUGUUUGCGACGACGCGACGAUGCUGCGGUCGGCGGUGCGGGUACUUGGGAUGCCAGACGCAGCCUUUCUCACUACUGUGAAGGCCUGCUGGAGGCAGUAUAAACAGCACAAAGCAAGCACAGUCAGGGCGGCCGCGCGCGCGCAGGGCAAUGUGACCUCAUCGGACACCGGUUCACAGAAGGUGCAGCUGCACUUGCGUCAGGCACACUCGCAAGAGCCGCGGCUAGCUGUAGAUGGCGAGGACGUGAACCCAAACGAGGAGACCGUCAUUGUGGAGCGGUGCUGGCGCGAGUUCAUCCAGGUGCUGAACGAUGCCGCAGGACACCAGCGAGAACACGAGCGACGUCUCAAGGGCCAACAAGAGUCGAGCACGCCACCAGUCAUGGAGAACUCCCAGCGAAGCCCGAGGGAAGCAGGCUUGCCUCUCCCAAACGGCAGCGGUUGCACGACUACGUGGGAGACAGAGGAACAACUGGCGCUGUUGAAGGUGAUGUUCCCCGGUGGACAAGUUCACGAGUCCGAUCAGUGUUUCUCCUUGCCAAGCAAGUGUGACUGGCAUCGGUAUGCGUGGGUGGACUUCUUGCUGGGUUGCCUCUACUGGGACGCUGGGGAGCGGCUCACAGCGACGGAGGCGCAGGCCCACCCGUAUCUCGCACCCAACUUCUCUCCUGAAGUGACCGCCCACGACACUGCUGCAUCGUCGGGGAUGGACAGAAAGGACGCAGUGGAUGAUACAACGAUGAGCGCCUCCGGUAUCUCCGCUGCCUCUAGUGCUGCCGUUGUGGGAAGGGUAGUGGCCCCCACCAUACGCCCCACGCACUGCUCGGGGCUCCACUACCUCCGGCGCCACCCUCUGACGGCUCGCCUCCUCGAUUCAGCGGGAGAGACGACCAGUCGGCCCAGCAGCCCACAUGGCAGCCACUCCACCGCCAGUGACGACACAGCACCGCUCUUGGCACCGCUCCUGAUGAGCCCUUCUGCCAUUGUGCUGUUCGAUCUCCCCUCUAGCAGCCGUACGGCACCGUCAGCGCGCAUGUGGGAAGAGCAUCAGCAGCAUCUGUCUCACUGCUACGACUCGGCUCUGGACAUUCACUCCAUGUUACAGACCCCGGCCAAGCGACUGACUCUGUCACCGUAUCACAACAGCGACCACCGCCGCAACCGCCUCGACGGCACGGAAAGCUACCCGCUCCGCGUCGUCUUCUCGGAAAGCGACCAAGGAACGGAGAGUUCCGUCGUGGUUUCUGCCGAGUCGUCCGUGCGCGGCAACCUCGCCGGCACGCAAAAGCCACGCAACGACAAUCAGACUGCAGCAGUGAUGGUGCUGCCUCUCAACUGA